AUGAGAAUUUUAUCUUGCGAAAUUAACAAAGUACCAGUUAAAACUAUAUUAGAUACCGCCACCAAUUGUAAUAUUUUAGGCAGGGGUUUAAUAGAUGUAUUAGGCUUAGAGAUUAAUACUUCCCAUAAAGAAGAAGCAAAACUAUUAAUCUCUUUUCCAUCUGAAAAAUCAUCGGAUAAUUUAACCAUAGAAGAUAGCAUGACAAUAUUGGGAAUGGUUCAUAAAAUAAACCUCUCUUUCUGGUCUAAAGAUAAUAAAUGGAAACAGGUAGAAGUUAAUGAUAUUUUAGUUCAUAAUAAACCCGAAUUUGCACAUGUACUGUUAUUAGGUUCACCAUGGAUCCAGGCAAAUAUCUCGGAAAUAAAUUUUUCCAAUCAUACUCUCACAUUGCUUGAUGGGACCAAUAUAUUAUUGGAUAUUCCACGAGAGCUCCCGCCACCAAAACAAAUAUCUCUACCAGUAAAAAAAUAUUAUAAGAUGGUGAAAUAUUACAUAACAGCAUUGGGUGUAAAUAAUAACGAAAUAUACCUUAAGGAACAGUUCCUCCGUGGAUUAUCACCCGAGAAUCAGAUAGAAGCUAGAAGAUGUGGAUUGGAACUUCCAUUAGACAAGCUAGUAGAGAAACUGAGAUAUGAAAUAAAUAAUAGAGAUUACUGGGAAAAUUUUGUAUUUCGCAUCAAAAAUAAUUUAACCAGCCAUCAGCAAAUAGGUAAUGAUCCUAAUUAUAGAAAUUUUAAAGUUCAACUAGCAUUAUAUAAAGAAAAUUGUGCGUCAUUAAUUAUUCAGCAGACAUAUCAUUUAUGGAAAAAACAAAUUAAUUCCGCUAAAAUAAUCCAGCAUGCAUUAAUUAAAUGGCUAUAUCGACCAGGUGGCACAUUAAUGAAACAAGCCAAAGAUCGAUAUUAUUGCGAAGCAAUGACCCAAAGGGUCUAUCAAAAUGCGAACAAGCUCCAUCAUUAG